UGUGACCCAUUAAGAUACAACAGCAUAAUGACAACUAGUACUUUGGUGAAGCUCUGCUCCCUUGCCUGGGGAGUGGCAUUCGUUUUAAUAAUAAUCCUCUUUGCUCUUACUCUUAGACUUCCGAGAUGCAGAUCACGGAUAGUGGAGGCUUAUUGUAGCAAUGCAGCUUUAUUUAUUUUAUCCUGUGCUGACACUACUGUAAAUAACAUUUAUGGCUUAUUUAUUACAGCUUUUCUAAGCAGUUUGUCUUUUUUGGUUAUUGUCUGGACUUAUGUUAGAAUACUAAUUACAUGUUUAUAUAAAGGUCAAAGCAGUAGUAAAAGCAAAGCCAUUCAUACAUGUGCUACUCACUUAACUGUCUAUAUUAUUUUUGAAUUAACUAUUUUAUUCACUAUCAUUAUGCAACGAUUUCAAAAUGUCAGCCCAAAUGCACGGAAAAUGAUUGGGGUGUUAAUUACAACCUUGCCGCCGUGUGUUAAUCCUAUAAUUUAUGGAAUUCAUACAAAGAAAAUUCGGAGUAAUGUUUUGAAAUGCUUUAAAAAUACAAUACUAUCAAAUGAAUGAUGUU